ACUCAACACUAGCUAGUAGGUGUCAGCAACACAAACCAAACACGUUGGAAAUUUAUACUCUAACUAAACGCUUGCAUCUACCGGUCAAAACCAUGAGUUUGGUGCAAUUCCACUACUUAUUAGACAAAACUAAACAAGGGAUUCUUAUUUCUUCUAUUAGCUAGCUUGGAAAUGGAAGAGAUAGUAUUGAAAUGGUACAGUAUAGUAUCAGUGUGGAUAGUAUUCUUAUCAGUAGUUGGGUCAGUGUAUGUGUUGUGGAAGAAGGAAUGUAAUCAUGUUUCAUCUGCUGCAGAAUUACUAGGCAAUCAAGUACCUUUACUUGAUCAACAUCAAAAUGAUGAUUUCCAAGAGGUUUAUAGUUGUGGGUCCCAAUCCCAGUCCCACUCCCAGCAGUUGUGGACUAGCUGUUGGCGUGGGUUGCACCCUGGCUUCUUGCUUUUGGUUCGGUUACUGUCACUUUUUGUUCUUACUUUCUUCUUGUCCUGGGAUUUACAUCAAUGGGGUGCUUCCAUCUUUAUCUAUUACACUGAGUGGACUUAUGCAUUAGUUAUGGUCUAUUUUGCGAUAGGCAGUGUUGUAUCUGCUCAUGGUUGCUGGUUAUACCAUACACAUAUUAUUACUCACUCAAGAAACAUAGACGAAUCUCCAGGAAAGGGCGACUUAGAAGAUAACUCUGCUAAUAUAACCCGGUUAAUCACAAAGAAGGAUUCUGAUAGGGAAUCUGUUAAGUUUCAAAGACAGUAUUACCAAGAACAGGACAUUCAAAAGGCUGGAUUUUGGGGUUUUCUUAUGCAAAUUUCAUUCCAGAUCAGUGCAGGCGCCGCAAUAUUGACUGAUAUCAUAUUUUGGUGCAUUAUAGUCCCAUUUGUAUCAAAUGCGCAUCUUGGAUUGAACCUCUUGAUGGGCUGCAUGCAUACAGUGAAUAUCGUCUUUCUGCUUCUAGACACUUCCAUUAAUCGCCUUCCAUUUCCUUGGUUUCGGCUUGCCUAUUUUGUGCUAUGGAGCGCUCUAUACGUGAUCUUUCAAUGGAUUAUCCAUCUUUGCGGUUUCACUUGGUGGCCAUAUCCUUUUCUCGAGCUGUCGACCCCAUCGGCCCCUUUGUGGUACUUAGUCCUGGCUGCAUUUCACAUUGCUUGUUAUGGAAUGUAUGCACUCAUUGUGAAAGUUAAGGAUUUACUCUUCUCCAAAUUGUUUACUCGUUCAUACGUGAGGUCGUAUUAAGCCUUUUAUUGUUGUUCCAAUUUGCUCUUUAUCAAUGCCAACAGAAAUAUUCAUAAAUGUGAUUGUCGAUUUUGUGUUGAAUUAAUCUCAGUUCGAUGAUUAUUUAGAGUACCCGAAAGGAAGCAAUUUAGCUAAUAUACCAAAAUGCACCGGUUAUGAGUAUGAUGUUUUCGGGUUUAAGACGAACAAAAGAAAUCAAGGAAAGGAUACGAACUUUCCAAUCCUUGUUUUAACUUGCAAGAUUUGCACCAAAUGUAGACGUUCUUUGGAAUACAUAGCUUUGCUCACAAUGGCUUUCAAUUCGAGUACACAUAAGUAUUACACGACUCGUUGAAUCGUGAAACAAACCCUCGUAGAUAAGUGUAAACAACGACUCAUCGCUUCCAAGCACUAAGUCGAUAUUGGUUUAUUCAAGAUUUCAUUAUUAUUGUUGCGUUGGUCGGCACUUGGUCUCGUUUUUAGAUUGGCGUCGAGUGACGAGUAAGUCUUUGAAUGAUAUCGAGUCGACAUGAUUUAGGCCGAUUGCAGGAUGCCAAUUUCGUACUUCAACCAACAUAGCUAUCAACCCCAAUCUUGAAAUCCUUUUUUUUUUGUUUGCUUUGUCCAAAGUUAACAUAUUUGAGCCCUCCCUUGGUGGGGUUGAAUCAUGAACAUACGUUUCAAUUAAACUAGUUGGCGGUUGAUGGUAGUAUUAAAUGUUGAUAGUGAUAUGAAAAUAAUUUAUAUGUAAAUUUUCAUAAAAUAUAUUAUGUUACUUUUAUGGUGAUAUGA